AUGGUGCCGGAGACGCCGAUCGAGCUAAGGCCGGAUUCCAUGGCAGUUGAUGGGAAAGAGAAUGGACUGCGGGGGACUAUGGUUGACCUAGUUGACACUUCUCUUGACAGCAGUCCACAAAAAGACAGACCCUCGUAUAAGCAAACUCUCACCGGGGAACGAGUGGAUCAUGGAAGAGUAGAGGCAGAGGAUAGGGAUUUUGACUCAGAAGAUGAUGAAAUUGAAGACGAGGAGGAAGAUAAAGAUUGCCCGACUAUUCGACUUACGAGGGCUGAGAAAAGAAUAUUGCGUGCUCCUUGGAAGCAAACCCUCAUUAUAAAGCUUUGGGGGAGAUCUGUGGGCUACAACUAUCUACUGCGUAAAUUGCAAAAUAUGUGGAAACCUUCGGCGCCCAUGGACCUUGUGGCCAUUGAAAAUGAUUACUUCCUUGUUCGUUUUACUGCCAAAAAAGAUUAUGAAUUUGCUAAACUUGAAGGCCCUUGGAUGAUAUUAGAUCAUUAUCUUGUGGUGAAGGAAUGGCACCCCAACUUUGAUCCCCUUACAGAUAAAACGGAAAAACUCAUAGUGUGGGUGAGAUUCCCGUGUCUACCUAUAGAGUAUUUCAACUUUGUAUUCCUUGAAAAAGUGGGGAAGAAGAUCGGAAAGCCUAUUCGUGCCGACAUCUCAACAGAUAUGGCAACAAGGGGGAGGUAUGCUAGGAUAUGUGUAGAAGUUGAUAUAACCAAACCACUCCUAGCCAAAUUCAAGCUUUACAAUCGAGUUCGCAGAAUCGAAUAUGAAGGCAUACAUUUGGUGUGUUUUGGGUGCGGAAGGUAUGGACAUAAAAAAGAGGCGUGUCCAGUCGGAAACAAGGCAGAUAAUCCGGUGGAGAUGGAUAAUGUGCAACCCAACCAAAACCCAUUAGCCGGUGAGGAAGGUGCAAACAAAGAAGAGUUCAUCGAGAUUGAAGGGAAUUUCAGAAAAUUACAGAUUAUUCGGCCAGAAGUGGUGGAAGACUUUGGCCCUUGGAUGCUUGCCCAGCGCAAACAGAGGAGAUUUGGGAAUUAUAAUCCAAGAACUAACACAGGAAGGAAACACCAAGGAAAUGUGGAUAAUACAAAAAAUAAAGAAGUUCAGAAGAAACAUCCCCAAAAACCUGUGGGAGAAAAUUCGAGGUUCAAUGUGUUAUACGACUUAGAGGAAAAUGACAAUGAACAGACUGAAGAUUGUGAACAAAGGGAAGUGGUUCAGUUGAACUCAAGGGAUCAUACUGCUCAACCUAGCCGUGGGUUACAGGGCAAGGGGAAAAGACCACAGAUUCAAAUUUCUGCCAAACAAAUUGAUAAUGACAAAAACCAGCCCAGGCAACCGUCCAGUGACAAGCCAAGAGAACGCGCAGAAAGCAGCAAAAGUGGAGGAAUGAACGGAUCAAACCAAGCUGCAGCGGAGGUGGAACAUGUGGUUGUGAGGGGAACACAAAAAGGAAAAAAUAUUACUAGAACAGUGGUGGAAACAGGAGGUGUUGGAGAAAAAUCCGAUUCCCUCCUCUCCCAUGAUGCAGCGAACCAUCAUCAGGAUCCUCCUUUUCAUGAUAUGGGAAUGAAUUGUCAUUCUGCCAGUAGAGCGAAUCACCCUUCUGACUAG